AUGGGCGUUAUGAAUCACUCUUGUAUGCAAGGUAAAAGAAAUUUAAGAUGGCUGGGCUUGGUCUCCAUGCUGAACUGGACAGCUCUGUUCCUUAGUGUCUUCCUACUUUCAGAUAAUAGCUACACAGAUAACCCUACUAGAGGAGAUUGGAGAGUUGGAGAUGUGAAAAAGUAUAUGAAUAAAGUAAAUGGUUGCUAUGGGCAUAAGCUCCAGCUUUACCCUAACGUAACUGAGUUGGAAAUAAACGAAGGAGAUGCCUUGAAAAUAAAGUGCACUAGUAAUGACUAUGUUGAGUUUUACUACCCAGACACUUAUUACCUGCGGGGUGUAAUGAUGUCUGAUUAUGAAAUUUACCCGGAAGAAAAGAGUAGACGUAAAACGUUUUUGAGGGAAUCAACUGUUGUUGGAGACACCGGCUGGUAUGGUUGCGCUAAUAUAAAUAAGAAAAUCACUCACAAAACAAGUAAAGACAUGAAUGAUCCAAGUGUCAGGUGGAUGUAUGUUUAUGUUAAAUCUAAAGAAAGUGCAUUUAUCCAAUCAAAUUGGUAUGCCCUACCACCUAUGGGAUGUUUACCUUACUUUGCCAUUUUUCCAUGCCGAACGACUUCACCUGGAAUCAACGUAACGCUCACAACAAGUGAUCCUAACUUGCAAAGAAUCAUAAACAGAAACGCGUUCUUCGAUCCCAGAAUUGGUUUUGUCCUCAAGAACUUAAAUUUGUUUGACCCUGAAAAACAAUUUAACAGUAUAUUCUGUGAAGUUAAGAAUGAUGAUUUUACGGACAAGACAAUGGUAUUUCCUAAAAGUUAUUUUCGCAAUUGCAUAAAUGAACCAACUAUAAAAAUAGAAGGCAAGAAUAAAGUUUUUAUGGGCUCCACAUUAAGCAUGACGUGUACAGUUAAAAUUUACGUAGAAAACCAGAUCCAAGAAUCACAAAAUUCGAACGUUGAUUUGAUAACAUCUAAACUUGUGAUAAAAAACGUUACUAACGAGGACGAGGGUAAUUACACUUGCCAAGUAAGAUCUUCGUUUAAUGAGCAUCGUAGUACAAACAUAUUUAUAAAAGUACAUGAUACCAAUCCUUAUAUUUCUUUAUCAUCCGAAAAUAGUGACAAGGCUUAUGUCAUUGGUGAUUUAGUGAUGCUUACAGCACACGUCGAUGCUUAUCCACCACCAACUCUGACGUGGCUUACAUCGAACGGUACUGAAAUUGUUUUUGGUAAAAAGUUCCGAUUGCCUCGUUUUAAACGACAAUAUCCGAAGUAUCCUGAGAGUAAUUUAAUGAUAUCUGAUGUUCAAAUGGAAGACCAGGGCGUUUAUACUCUUCGCGCAAAUAACAGCAAUGAAAUAAAGCUCUUGAAUUUUUCUGUUACAGUUUACGAAAAGCCACGUGUUGUGUUGAAUCAAGCAAAACUCAAGUCUUAUUAUGGCUUCAAUAAAACCACAACAUUUUCUUGCCAGGCCGCUGGAUAUCCUCCACCGAAUAUAUCUUGGUUUUAUAAAAUGUGCCCAGAUUAUUAUCUUAUAAAUAAUUGUAACACAGUGAAAAUGGAGGGUGAGCCAGGUAGGAAUGAGAUGUAUUCAGAAUUAAAAGUAAAUAUGGAAUCGUUUGGAAAAAUUAUUUGCAAGGCUUGCCAUGCGUAUGAUUGUGACUCAGAGGAAUACAAUACUCAAAUUACCGACGGGGUCGAUGAUGCACCUUAUGGAAUAAUAGGGCCGGAAGAGGCAUAUGAUGGUGAAAAUGUUACUCUAAUCUGUGCUGCUGUUAAACAUGAUUAUCUAUCUGUCACAUGGUUAGAUGAUAGCUUUAACAAGAUAAGUAACUCUGCAAAAGUGCAAGUAGCGUCAACAAAGACUAAAUUUACUAUUCGUAAAGAGCUUGUGAUCUAUAACAUAAGUCAAUCAGAUGAGAAAGACUAUCACUGCAGUGUAAUGUCUGAUAUCAAGUCAACCAAGACUAUAAGUUUCUAUCUCAAUGUUAAACUGCAGAAGAAGCCUUAUUUUAUUACGGAUAACAUGAAUGCGACCAACGUUACCGUUUUAACAACAGAUGCUCGAAAUGCUAUUCAUUUAUACUGCUUCGUCGGAGGAACGCCUGCACCGAAAAUUACAUGGUACAAGAAUGAUGCACUUUUGAAUCUGCCGGAAGAUCGUUUCAGCCUUUUCUCUAACGAUCAAAAAUUAAUUAUAAGAUAUCUUGAGGAAGAUGAUAGUGGCAACUAUUCUUGUCGCGCUGAAAAUCGAUUCGGAAAAGUAGAAAAAUAUCAGAGAGUCAACGUAACAGAGAUUGAAUAUCCUUCUCUUCAACUCACAAUGAUAGUUUGGUUCAUCAUAAUUCUUAUCUUACUUUCUAUUUACUUGCGUAUGAAAGUACAAAACGAAAAGAUGAUGAGGGAGCAGCUAUUAAAAGCUGGAUUAGCUUAUUUUGAAGAAGGAGCCAUUGAUUUAAUAAAUCCUGAACUAACAGUUAAUGAUCAAGCUGAGUAUCUUCCGUACGAUAAGAAGUGGGAAUUUCCGAGAAAACAACUAAAGUUAGGUCAACAAUUGGGAAGUGGAGCUUUUGGGGUUGUAGUAAAAGCAGAAGCUUUUGGAAUUUGUGCUACAGAGCCUGUUACUACUGUAGCUGUAAAAAUGGUUCAUGAAAAUGCUGAAUCAGUUUAUAUCCGUGCUCUUGUAAGAGAACUUAAAAUUAUGAUGCAUCUGGGGCAACACUUGAACAUUGUAAAUCUUCUCGGUGCCUGUACAAAAAAUAUUGACAAGCGUGAAUUUUUAGUAAUUCUUGAAUCUUGUGAUUAUGGAAACCUGCAAGACUAUUUAAGAUAUCAUAGAGGAAAUUUCGUAAAUCAAAUUGAUCCAUCUACUGGUGAUUUUAAUUGGUGCAUUCAAAAAAAAGUUAAAAGAGCAAAACGCGUGAGCUCAGCAGUAAACAGUUAUCUGGAAAUGGCGUGUAGCAGCAAUCACGUAAACUUAGCCUCCACCAAGACCCAGAACUCAAGAAAUCCAAUGGAGUUCCGUAGUUCUUCUUACUAUGAUGAUUUAAGUUGGCGGUCUAACUACGAAGGUAAUUACGAAAACUGGAAGCCUAAAUGCAUCUGCUCCCAUGACCUCCUUUCUUGGGCUUAUCAGGUGGCUAAUGGCAUGGAAUACCUAUCUAAGAAAAAGGUUUUGCACUGUGAUCUGGCUGCCAGAAAUAUUUUGCUGUCAACUAAUAACAUUGUUAAAAUUUGUGACUUUGGUUUAGCCCAGACAUUGUACAAGGACAUCAAUUACACGAGACUACACGAUGUGAAAUUGCCAUUCAAGUGGAUGGCCAUCGAGUCUCUCAGGGACGGAGUUUUUUCGACAAAGUCUGAUAUUUGGUCCUUUGGUAUAGUGAUCUGGGAAUUUUUUACUCUUGCAGAACCACCGUACCUAGGCAUGGGAGCUUUCGAAGUAUAUCAAAAACUCAUUGAUGGAUACAGGAUGAGACUACCUAAAUAUGCAACGAAAUAUCUUUACAAUAUCAUGCUCAACUGUUGGGAGGACGAGCCAACUCUAAGACCAUCAUUCACAAAAAUAUCAGAAAGUAUUGGUAUGCUUUUAGAUAAACGUACGAGAAUGCACUUCCAGAAAUCAUACCAUGAGUAUGAGAACAUUAACACGGAAGCUGAUUUAAAAAGAGAAAAUGAUUACUUGGCAAACAUGUCUUCACCAGAUCACGUAGCGCUUGCCCUACCUCAACAGGACCACGAAAAUGGCUUGCUGCAGGGUUACUUUAGAAAACUAGAUAAAGAGAACGGUGACAAACCGGAACCACAUGGUCAAUAA